AUUUGUGUUUACAUUUGUCUUAUAAUGUUUUUUUUUUUUUUUCUCGAUUUAAAUGAACAUAACUGUUUAAACUUGUAUGCGUACUUUAAGGAUAGUGCAAUAGCUAUUAAAAACAGAGAGAGAGAGAGAGAGAGAGAGAGAGAGAGUGCAAUAACAUAUUGUACAUACAGCUGAAUAUGUAUAAAGCAAGCAAGCCAUCAUAUCCAUCAUGUACGAUGAUGGCCAACCAAAAACAAAAACAAAAACAAAAGCAACAAAAUUUCAAGAAAACUAACGGAACAGUGUAAGAAACGAAACGUAACAAAACGCACCGACACAAUGCAAGCAACACAGACACAUACAUAUAUAUACACAUACACGCGCAUGCAUUAAGUUUUCAGCUAGGAGAAGAAGAAGAAAAAUACAACAACAAAAGAACACAAAAGAGAUGAGAAAAAAAAAUAUGUAUGAACAUGUAUUUGCGCAUCUAAAAUAGGUUAUAGAAAUUGUAACUUUUUUGAAUUUUUGAAAGUGUAACGGUCCGUCAACAAUUGACCGCUUAACCAUUUUUUAUGUAAUGUAUUAAGCAACCAAACAAGAAAAGAAAACGGAAAAACUAAAAUGAACAACUAAGCCUAAAUAAUUCAUAAUAACAAUUUGUAGCCCAUAACAAAAAAAAAACAAAAAAAAAACGAAAAAAAAACGAGCACUAAGUAGAAAAGAACAUUCUGCCAAUCGAUAACUAACUGUUGAACACUGUGUGACCAGAGCGAGCAAAGUCGUCUCUUUUUGUGGGAUUUUUUGUUGCUGUUCUCAUUGCAACCAUGCUGUUCAAGACGCUGCACAGCGUGGACACCGAGUACUCGGCGGAUGCGAUCGAAUGGUGCACCCAGGAUGAACAGCAUGCGGAUUACUUUGCCUGCGGCACAUAUCAGCUGAUGGAGGGCGAGCAGAACUCGUCGCGCAAGGGUCGCAUCUAUUUGUAUGCGUUCGCAAGGCAGACGGGCGCGCUGGAACGGCUGCAGUGCAUCGACACGGCUGCCAUAUUGGACAUGAAAUGGCUGCCCGCCUGGUGCGACGACACCGGACCGCAGCUGGCCACAGUCAACGCCUUGGGCCAGCUGGAGAUCUACGAGCUGCACGCGAAGCAGCAACUGCAGCAGCGCGCCCAACUGACGCUGGCGGGGAAUACGCAGCCAGCGCUGGCGCUGGCUCUCGACUGGCGGCGUGCUGCCGACGGCGCUGGCCUGCAGCUGCUCGUCUCCGACUCGCUGGGCCAAGUCCAUCAGCUGCAGUACACGGCGCAGGCUCAGCUGAGCCAGCUGUGCGCCUGGCAGGCGCACGGCUUUGAGGCAUGGACGUGUGCCUACGAUCGCUGGACGCCGCAGCGCAUCUAUAGCGGCGGCGAUGACUGCCUGUUGCACGCCUACGAUUUGCGCAGCGGCAGCUCGGAGCAGCCGGAGCGCAUCUGGACAAAUAGGGCGCAUGGCGCCGGCGUCACCUGCCUGCUCAGCCAUCCGGAGCGGGAGCACCAGCUGCUCACCGGCAGCUAUGACGAGCUGUUGCGUCUGUUCGAUACGCGCGCCAUGAAGCGCAGUCUCGCCGAACUGAAUCUGAACGGCGGCAUUUGGCGGCUCAAGCCGCAUCCGCGGCGCAGCGAUCUGAUCCUGGCCGCGUGCAUGUACAAAAACUUUAGCGUACUGGAACUGAGAGAUUCGGCGCUCAGCCUGCUGGGCGCCUAUGAGGAGCACUCGAGCAUUUGCUAUGGCGCCGAUUGGGCGCCAAGCAUCGAUCAGCUGGAUCAUGGCCAGAGGCUGCACAUGGCCACCUGCUCCUUCUAUGAUCACAAGCUGUGCGUCAGCAGUGUGGACACCAAAUUCGAGGUGUGAUCCUCUUGGUGACCUGUCAUGCUGGGUGUCCUGCAGGACACACUGCAUGACUUGUCAGCUACGUUGUCUUUGACCCAAUCAAACAAAAUUCUUGUUCACGGAAAUAACAUUUUCUCUAUGCUUUCCCAAUUAUAUUAUAUACUAUGUAACUAUAUAUAAGCAUUUGUAACUCACGUGAAUUGGAUUUGUUUCGCAUCUCAAGCCGGGUAGUUGCACUUACUCUAAACAUAUUUAUAUAAA